UAGGCCUGCUUAGAUUCGAUACUUGAAGGAAUCAUCAUGGAACACCAUUGCUCAGUAGGCGCUUACCAUUCGAAGCGCAAAUAUAUCCACCAACAGCACAGCUCAUGAGCUAAGAUAAUUUGGUUUACAGGUGUGAUCGGUGAUCGUUCAUCAUAUCCAGCGCAUAUUAACGGAAGAUAUUUCGGCGGGUGGUUUUUGGGCCCAUUCGAUCGGCGAAUCUCUUACGGAACGGUCACGUGCGGGAAUUGGUCCCGGGAUAAAGUGAGGGUAUCCAAGAAAAAAUACCGAUAACCAAGUGCUCCAAACAAAAAAGGUUCUCAUUUGGGAAGUGAUCGACAAAGUGUUAGGAUAUGAUCAAUUAGUUUACCCAGAAGAUUAAUCCAAUUGUGGAUUUUGUGGCUCCUCGGAAACAUUACAGCAUCACGAUGACGACCGAUCUCUUCAACAGUUUGCAGUUUAUCGGAGGCAACGCGGGAGCAAAGAUGGGCAAGGGAAAAGCCAUCAUCAACGAUCUGAACAAUAAUGAGACGAUCAUGCACGACGAUCGGAACAUUAGUGAGCAGGAUGUCAACGCGUACUUGCAGCACUACAACAAGUGGACCCAGAGUGCGCUGGGACAUCGGCUGACCGCAAUUCUGAAGGAUUGGUUCGGGUACGAGUUUGAUGCAGAGAUCAAGUGGAACAACGUUUUUAUGAUUGGGAUUUUCCACGUGUUCGGCAUUUAUGGCUUUCUGGCAUACUCGUGGCGAGCAUCCUUGGUGGCGUGGGCUUGGGGUCUCUUCGUUGGGGGAUGUGCCGGGUUCGGCGUCACGGCUGGCGUCCAUCGGCUUUGGUGCCAUCGGGCGUACAAGGCCAAACUUCCGCUGCGAAUCAUCCUGAUGUGUUGCUACUCGAUCGCCGGCCAGAACACCAUCUACGAUUGGGUUCGGGAUCAUCGAAUCCAUCACAAGUACUCGGAAACGGACGGCGAUCCACAUAACUCCAACCGUGGCUUCCUGUAUGCCCACGUGGGCUGGCUCAUGCUGCGGAAGCACCCGGAAUGCAUCAAGAAAGGCCGACUGAUCGACAUGACUGACAUCACGAGCGACCCUGUCGUCCAAUUCCACCAUCGGUAA